GUUAUAGUGACGUUCAUAUUCAUUUCCGGGUUCGUCAAACGCGGACAAACAGUUUAAUAAUAUGCGAGUAGGGGACUUGUGGGCUAUGUGGGUGUGUUUCUUCCGUUCCUUGGUGAAGCUCCUCACUCUCACCAUUUUGGUCGCGAUAGUUCUGUCUGCUCUUCGAAAUGCAACUGUCAAGGAAGUUACGAAGCCAAGCCCCCUUCCUGCAGAAGAGUACAGGCUCCUCUCCCCCGAAACGUACUCCUAUAUUUUCAAUCAGCCUGACGCUUGUAAGAAGGGAAGUCCCUUCCUGGUGUUUAUGGUGCCAGUGGCACCUCUGGAUUCGUCGGCAAGGGAUGCCAUAAGAGAAACGUGGGGUGCUGCAGGUCAGUCCACCAUUACACUGUUUUACAUGGGGGUGCCUAAGGAAGGACAAGUGAAAAGCAUCCAGGACAAGCUGGAGGAGGAGAGCAAUAACUAUUCAGAUGUCAUCCAGAUGAACUUCUUGGACAGUUAUGAGAAUCUCACAAUCAAAAGCAUGAUGAUAAUGAACUGGCUGGCGACCUACUGCCCCAACGCCACCUAUGCCAUGAAGGUGGAUGCCGACAUAUUUGUGAAUGUAUUCUUUCUUGUCAGAUUACUGAGCAGCUCUCCCAGGAAUAAUUACAUUGCAGGAUCGGUGAUAUCCGAUGGCAAGCCAAGGAGAGACCGCAACAGCAAGUGGCACCUGUCAAAGCACCUGUACCCUGAGGACAACUUCCCUUCAUAUGUGUCAGGUGCUGGGUACGUCUUCUCAAUAGACAUGGCCGCCAAGGUGUCAUGGGCUUCCAGGUUCGUCCGAAGGAUCCCGAUAGAGGACGCCUACGUGGGAUUGUGUCUACACGUGCUUGGUGUACAGCCUGUCCCCUCGAGAAGCUGGCUGGUAUUCGGGAGGAACCUCUUUGAAAUCCGGAAUCUGGACUAUGACAGGUGCACUUUUGCCAGACUUGUUCUCGUCAAUGGCUUUCAGCCUUCUCGGUUGCGGCAAGUUUGGAAGGAUUUCUCACAAGGCUAUAAAAGCUGCCGAAUUUGAAUUAAGUGCUUCAGAGGUGGAUCUCUUCUCAGGUUUUGAAACAGCCAAGAGUUUAGAAGCAUAUGCAGAGACAGUAAAUAUGGCCUAUUUUUAUUGCCUCUGUUAAAAACACACUGUCUGCCUCACUUUAGAACCAUAUCCUUGCUGUCAGGCGGAAACUACCUGUUUCUCAUGAUGG